CCUGGUCACUACUACAUGCUAAGAACCCAAACUUCCCUGAGUAUUUGGAGCCAGGAAAGAAACAUGAAGUGGCUUGUGCUGCUCGGGCUGGUGGCCUUUUCAGAGUGCAUAGUCAAAAUACCUCUAAGGAGAGUGAAGACCAUGAGAAAUACUGUCAGUGGAAAAAACAUGCUGAACAAUUUCAAGGAGAAUGCUUACAGACUGUCCCAGAUUUCUUUUCGUGGCUCAAAUCUAACUAGUCACCCACUGAGAAACAUCAGGGAUUUUUUCUACGUGGGUAACAUCACCAUUGGGACACCCCCUCAGGAAUUCCAGGUUAUCUUUGACACAGGCUCAUCUGAGUUGUGGGUGCCCUCCAUCUUUUGCAACAGCUCAACCUGUUCUAAACAUGAUAGGUUCAGACAUUUUGAGUCUUCCACCUUCCGGCUUAGCAGGAGGACCUUCAGCAUCACCUAUGGAUCUGGGAGAAUUGAAGGACUUGUUGUUCAUGACACAGUUCGGAUUGGGGACCUUGUAAGUACUGACCAGCAGUUCGGUCUAUGCCUAGAAGAAUCUGGGUUUGAGGGCAUGAGAUUUGAUGGCGUCUUGGGCUUGAGCUACACCAACAUAUCCUUCUCUGGAGCCAUCCCCAUCUUUUACAAGCUGAAGAAUGAAGGUGCCAUUUCUGAGCCUGUUUUUGCCUUCUACUUGAGCAAAGAUGUGCGGGAGGGCAGUGUGGUGAUGUUUGGUGGGGCAGACCACCGCUACUACAAGGGAGAGCUCAACUGGAUACCAUUGAUGAAAGCAGGUGACUGGAGUGUACACAUGGACCGCAUCUCCAUGAAAAGAAAGGUUAUUGCUUGUUCUGGCGGCUGCAAGGCCCUUGUGGACACGGGGUCAUCAGAUAUCGUAGGCCCAAGUACACUGGUCAAUAACAUCUGGAAGCUCAUCGGUGCCACGCCACAGGGUUCUGAGCACUACGUUUCAUGUUCUGCGGUCAAUAGCCUACCCUCUAUUAUCUUUACCAUCAAAAGCAACAACUACCGAGUGCCAGGUCAAGCCUACAUCCUCAAGGAUUCUAGAGGCCGCUGCUUUACUGCCUUUAAAGGGCAUCAACAGAGUUCAUCUACAGAGAUGUGGAUCCUAGGUGACGUCUUCCUGAGGCUGUAUUUCUCAGUCUUUGAUCGAGGAAAUGACAGAAUUGGCCUGGCACAGGCAGUGUAAAUGCUUGGAGUGGUUCAGGAAUCAGUAAGGCCGCUCCUAACACACACUCACUCACACUUUGGGCACUCCUGCCCAGGAUGCUGGUGAACUGUAUUUGGUGGUCUGUACACCCGAUUCUCUGGAGAAGGCAAUGGCACCCCACUCCAGUACUCUUGCCUGGAAAAUCACAUGGACGGAGGAGCCUGGUGGGCUCCAGUCCAUGGGGUCGCUAAAAGUCAGGCAUAACUGAGUGACUUCACUUUCACUUUACACCCUAUUCUCAGUAAAGAAUAAAGGGUUUCACUCUUAAUGGUGCUGAAACAAA